AUGUAUCUCCCUCCCCUGCUGCUGAAGUGUAUAGGGAAGCUGAGGCAGCUGCGCUACCUGGACCUGGCUAAAAACAGGAUUGAAAGCCUGGACACUGACAUCUCUGGCUGUGAGUCCCUGGAGGACCUCCUGCUCUCCUCCAACAUGCUGCAGCAUCUGCCUGACACCAUAGGAAUGUUGAAAAAACUCACAACAUUAAAAGUGGAUGACAACCAGCUCACCUCACUGCCUAACACCAUUGGAAGUGGACGCGCCAAAUUAGGUUUAUCGCUUUUAGAGGAGUUUGACUGCAGCUGUAAUGAAUUGGAGUCCCUGCCCCCAACCAUUGGCUACCUGCAUAACCUCCGCACGUUUUCUGCUGAUGAGAACUUCCUUGUUGAACUACCCAGGGAGAUUGGGAACUGUAAGAAUGUGACAGUCAUGUCGUUACGCUCCAAUAAGCUGGAGUUUCUACCUGACGAGAUUGGGCAGAUGACCAAGCUACAUGUUCUCAAUUUAAGCGACAAUAGAUUAAAAAACCUUCCGUUCACUUUCACAAAACUAAAAGAUCUAGCUGCUCUUUGGUUAUCAGACAAUCAGUCCAAGGCCCUGAUCCCUCUCCAGACCGAGGCUCAUCCAGAGACCAAGCAGAGGGUCCUCACCAACUACAUGUUCCCUCAGCAACCACGACAUGAUGAGGACUACCAGUCAGACAGUGACAGUUUCAACCCCACCUUAUGGGAGGAGCAGCGUCAGCAGAGGAUGACUGUGGCCUUUGAGUUCGAGGAGAAGAAGGAGGAAGAGGACAACUCUGGAAAAGUCAAGGUUGAGAUCAAUCUGAAGCGCUACCCUACACCGUACCCAGAGGAUCUGAAGAACAUGGUGAAGUCAGUGCAGAACAUGGUGGGCAAGAACCAGCAUCCCCUCAGCACUAACUGCUCUGGUACCAAUAUGGAGUCACGAAAACAAGAACAGUAUGAGCCCCCCUGGCCCAUGCCCCCCAAAGAGGUGAUGGAGAGAGAGAUGAAAGAGAGAGAAAGAGAGUUCAACAAGACUCAGAUGACAGAGCAGGGCGUAAUCCACAACUCUGCCAUCGACAUCCCAAAGCGCAAGGACAAGGAGGAUCUGACUGAGAGCUCAGAGGAUUCUAUGGGCGGCUCUCCGAAUGACAUCCGUAUCUCUGAUAUGAGGCCCACCCUGGUGGAACCCCCCAUGUACAAACCAAAAGUUGUAUUACUGGGGAAAGACAAGAAAGAAUCUAUAGAUGAGUCAGACCCAGACAAGAUGCAUUGCCUGAACAACAGUGGCUCGUCGGCCACCUACUCAGACUACUCUCCGUCCCAGGGUUCUUCUGGCUCCUCCAACCCCCCGGGGAACGGGGCCACCCUGCAGGCUGCUGGGAAGGAURGAGGAGUGCCUCAACAACACUGGACCAACAGGCUGGCCCAGCAGUUCCCCAAGCCGAUCGAGACCAAGCCUCUACUGAGUCAGAGAGACCCCAGAGAGACCCCUCCCUCCAGCACACUGCAGCAGCGCAGCGAGCGGCGCCCCCUCAGCGACACCUUUGACCAGUGGAACGACUCCUCCCACUAUGACAACACAGGCUUCGUGUCUGAAGAGGCUCCUCUGGAGACUCCCAGUGGUAGCAGCAGUGGUAACCCCAUGCUGGGCUCCAAGUCCUGCAGCGCCUCCACCUCCCAUGGGGGCCGCCGGCCCCUCAUGAGGCAGGAGCGCAUCGUGGGCAUCCCCCUGGAGCUGCAGGAUGCCCCUCACCAACACCCCUCCCACCAAUUCCAUAAUGUCCGCAACACGCCCGAAACUGAAGUAUCUCAGCCUCCCCCUCCCAACCCGUGGCAGAACUGGACAAGGACGCCCAGUCCCUUCGAGGACCGCACGGCUUUCCCCUCCAAACUGAGCUCCCCAUGCAACAGCCCCAAUCCUGACCGCAACGACUUUGAGCAGGAAAUGCAUCAUGGAGAGCUGCCGGGCACGUUCCCCUCCACAGGAACGUGGGGUUACCUAGACUCCAGGAACUCUGGGCAGGGGCGCAGCAGCCAGCAGGCCAACAUGUACCAACAUGUCCAAUCGAAGCCCACUAGACCAAGCUCUGGGGCCAUGGUGAUGAGCAAGAGCUCUGAGCGCCUCUCUCCCAUGAUGAAGGAGGUGAAGGCUAAGUUCAAGAAGUCCCAGAGCAUCGAUGAGAUAGACAUGGGCUCCUACAAUGUGUACAGUAUUCCCGUGGACACCUACAGCUCCAGCAUAGAGAAUCAGGGGAGUGUUGACCGUCCAGACAUGCCGGGCCCCAUGGAGCAGAGCAUGUCCCGGAGCCAGUCUGCCCCCAUGCUGGACGAUGAUGAUGCCUACGGAACUAAUAGCCAGCAGCAGAAGCCUUCCAUCCCCAAGAAGGUCUACCACUUCGACCAGAGCUUCAACCCUCAGGGGGCUAUGGAUAUGAGGAAUCAGCAGCAGGAGAGGAGGGCCCCUCCACCCUUCCCCAACACCCCUGAGUAUGUCAACCAKCCGGGGAAGACCCUGCCCAARGAGCUGGUGAGCCCCAGGGGCUACCGKGGUUACCCGCCCAUGGACCAGAUGUUCUCCUACUCUCAGCCCUCAGUCAACGAGGAGAACCAGCCGUCCCAGCAGCAGCAACCCUUCCCCAUCCCCAGUCAGCGCUCCCGGCCUGGGUUCCUGAGGCGGGCCGACUCCCUGGUCAGCUCCACAGAGCUGGCCCUGUUCCGCAGGGUUCAGGAGGCCCAGGAGAUGCAGCAGAAGUCGGACCACUAUGGCCGGCAGCACUUCAAAGGCAUGCUGGAGCACCAGAACAGUCUGGCCAGCAUGGCCCAGCAGGACCAACAGUACAACAAGAGGAAUGGCAGGUACGAGGAAGACUACUCCUCCUACCAGGAGCCYAAGAAGCCYAUCWUGGGCUACCCYACWAAGAGCCUGACRCAGCGRCGSCCYCUGUCGGCCAGGAGUUACAGCACRGAGACGUUYGGGGCRUCCCAGGCCAGGCCUGUGUCUGCCAGACCCACMAUGGCUGCMYUGUUGGAGAAGAUGCCCCCAGAUUAUAAUCUGAGCACGUGCACUGAGAAUAUAAAGAGCCCUGAUGAGAUGAAAAUGCGCACCAUGCAGCUGCAGCAUAAGCCUGAUGAUAUGUCCUCUAAGAUGCCAGUAGACUGGAGGCAACAGCUGCUUAGACAUAUAGAGGCCAAACGAUUAGACCGGAGCGCUGUCCUUAAGCACAACACAGUAAACUUCGGCAUGCUGUGCUCUGGAGGCUAUGCUGCACCGCAUGCCAGCAGAAGCAUGACAAUAAACUUUUACAAUAACAUGAAUAAGCAUGAAAACCAAACAACACAGUGGCUACCUCUACCCAAUACCCCCUCUCAACAGAGCAAUAUAUUAGACAACGGCCAGGAGGUGGUCUCUCCCACUACUCAGUGGGCCCCCUACUCACUGGGCAGGAGAGACGUGCCCCCAGAAAACAUAAUGAAAAAGCUUCCUGACUCUUUGCCUAACGGGUUGAAUUACCCACAGGCAGGCGGCCACCACCCCCACMCCCACCAAUCACAGACCAUGAUCGUGACAUCCACGUCGGCCACACCCCCACACCGCUCAGUGCGGGACCAGCAGUAUGAGGGUGCCAUCAACAAGAUUUCCAUACAGCAGUACCAGUCUCCUCUGCCCAUGGCCACCACCACCCGGCCCCAGAGCGCACGCUGCCUCAUCCAGACCAAAGGCCAGAAGAGCAUGGACGACUUCCAGGAGCAGUUCUGUGUGCGGAUAGAGAAGAAUCCAGGUUUAGGGUUCAGCAUCUCAGGGGGAAUUAGUGGCCAAGGGAACCCCUUCAAGCCUUCUGACAUGGGUAUCUUUGUUACUAGGGUACAGCCUGAUGGACCGGCCUCCAACCUGCUACAGCCUGGGGACAAAAUACUGAAGGCCAAUGGACAUAGUUUUUUACACAUGGAACAUGAAACUGCUGUGUCUCUUCUGAAGAAUUUCCAGAAAACUGUGGAUUUAGUAAUCUUGAGGGAGAGCACAAUUUAAAUAUUUUUUUAUAACACCAUUGCUUCUCUCCCAAACGGGUUGUGGAAAUGUAUACAACCKGUUUUUAUCUAGGAACAGUGACAUUUGCCGAUUGCUGGACCAAUGGCAAAUACUAGUGCCAAAUGUACUAUAGGAUACAUAUCUUAUAACCUAUCUAUGAAUUUUAUGUAAACAGGAAUUGUAUCUCUUGAGUUGAUGUGAAGGAAAGUCAUUUUUGUCAUUCAGCCUGAGGCUGUAGGUUGGAGCAAUUUUCUUAGUUUUUAUUUGGACAUUUUUUGCGUAUUUAUAUUGCCUUUUAUUUUGUACCUUUUUCAUUGUAGCUUCUCAUUUUACUCUCAGAGCAUGAAAACACACUAGCUCUUUAGGAAUUCUAAUCGCCAUAAACACUGCCUCAACUUUGUAUAUGCCGUGGGUACAUAUUUUCAUUUACAAUAAAGACAUGAACAGUAGCGAGAGGAAUGGUACAGAAAAUAAAUGUUUACAAUGUUCUUAA